AAUCAAUCGAAAGGAAUUUUUGUCUGGAUCCCCACAACGAAAACCAAAAAAAACCGAAAAUAAAUUCUAAAUUUUUUCAAAAACAACUAAGAAAUCAGUUCGGACAGCGAUUGGCAGAGCAGGUUCCGGAUCCGGUUAAACACAACGAUAAAUAGCGAAAAAGAAAAACAACAAGAGAAGAUAAAUAUAUAUUAGCAGAGCUUGAAGAGAGUGAAAAGAACAUAAGAAGAAGAAGCAGAAGAAGCAGCAGAAGAAGCGACACCGAUCGUGUUCGUGUCUCGCAUUGUGGGUCCGCUCAAGAUCGCUCCGACGGCGUCCCACACGAUUGCCCUACAGACGCAGACCGGCAAGCCCGGCCAGAAGCCGACAGCCGAGAUGGCCGAGGUGCUCAACCUGGACAGCAUUAUUGCCCGUCUGCUCGAGGUGCGCACCGCCCGACCGGGCAAGAAUGUCCAGCUGAACGAGUCGGAGAUACGCGGACUUUGCCUCAAGUCCCGUGAGAUAUUUCUGGCCCAACCAAUACUCCUUGAGUUGGAGGCACCGCUCAAGAUUUGCGGCGACAUCCAUGGCCAGUACUAUGAUCUGUUGCGGCUUUUUGAAUACGGCGGCUAUCCGCCGGAAUCGAACUAUCUCUUCCUGGGCGACUAUGUGGACCGUGGCAAGCAAUCGCUGGAGACCAUCUGUCUGCUGCUCGCUUACAAGAUCAAGUAUUCGGAGAACUUCUUUUUGCUACGCGGCAAUCACGAGUGCGCCAGCAUCAAUCGCAUCUAUGGCUUCUAUGACGAGUGCAAGCGUCGGUAUAGCAUCAAGCUCUGGAAGACGUUCACCGACUGCUUCAACUGUCUGCCCGUUGUUGCCAUUGUGGACGAGAAGAUCUUCUGCUGCCACGGCGGCCUGAGUCCCGAUCUCACCUCGAUGGAGCAGAUCAAACGGAUUAUGCGUCCCACCGAUGUGCCCGAUCAGGGUUUGCUCUGUGAUUUGCUGUGGUCCGAUCCCGACAAGGACACCAUCGGUUGGGGCGAGAAUGAUCGCGGCGUUAGCUUCACCUUUGGCGCCGAGGUGGUGGGGAAAUUUCUGCAGAAGCACGAUCUGGAUCUGAUUUGUCGUGCCCAUCAGGUGGUCGAGGAUGGUUAUGAGUUCUUUGCCAAACGCCAGCUGGUCACACUGUUUUCGGCGCCCAACUAUUGCGGCGAGUUCGACAAUGCCGGCGCCAUGAUGUCCGUCGAUGAGACCUUGAUGUGCUCAUUCCAGAUCCUGAAGCCCGUUGAGAAGCGCAAGAAGUAAUCAUGCCACAUUGUUACACUAUUCCAUUCCAUUAUAAACUUCAUCUUCAUCUGCCUCCGCAAAAUGUUCAACUUUGUUUUCCAACAAUUGUAGCGCGCAUCAAGCGUAACAAGAGAAUUGCAACAAAUUAAUUACACAACACAAAUCACACCGACUCCUUUUUUUUGUCAAGCAAUCUUGUAACUUUGCUUUUCUAUGAUCGAUUGUAGGAGAUAAAUGCAUUUGCUAAAACCAACUU